AUGGCGGACGAGGGGCCCGUGGAGCUGGCGCUGAGCGUGGACGUCGCGCGCUGUGCGGGCCUGCUGGCCGCCGUUCAGGACGCCCUGCAGCUGUACCAGGACAGCGCGGCCGCCCUGGGCUCCGCGCACCUGCUGGGGCCGCACCCCUACGUCACCGUGUCCCUGUUGCCCGACCACUUGGCCGCGCAGACCGAUGCGCCGACCGUCCAAACCCCAUUUCAGGCCCAGACAUUCUGCCCCACGUACAACUUCAAGGAGUCGGUGGUGCUGCCGGCGAGCCCGGCGGUGCUGCGCGCCAUCGUCGCCGAGGAGAUGCGCGUGGAGGUGUGGCACCACUGCCCGCGGUCGCAGGGCCUGGUCAACGCCCUGUCGGAGGGCCGGGCGGCGACAGGCGGAUCCACGGGGCUGCGCAACGUUUUCCUGGGAACCGCCAGGACUCCUCUGAUGCACCUGCUUACAAAGCCACAGGGUGUGGGCGGAUGGCUGGUCCUGAGGUCUCAGAGAGGCCAAGCUGCAGGUGCUGUCCAAAUCACUGUCCGGGUGACCAGCCUGGAUGGGAGGCCAGUUCCUGCUGGUGUGCCUCCCAUACACGCGUGCCCCAAGCUCCUCGACUGGUUGGAACCAAAGGUCCAAGUGAUGUUGAGUGCGGCCUGUAUUGGGCAUGGGUUUGAUGGCCAGUGGGGUCAGUGCAGUGUGCAUGUAGAGGAAGCCAUGCUGCCUGUUUAUCGCCAUGGCCGUGACAAACGACCUCCUGGUGGCCCUCAUUUUGUGGCCUACAAGUUGCCAGGGAACAGCGGCGAGGAGCGCACCAGCAGUUCAUUCCCAUGCAGCUCACCCACUCACCCUCCCUUGGCCCCUGGCAACACCUGGCACGUCAAAUGGGACCACUGCGGCAGGCACCCUGUGCGCGUGGACCAAGAGCUCGCAGAGUCACUGCUGUGCUACCCCUUGGUGAUCGCAGUCUUCCGAAGGGAUACUGCGCGAGCAAAGAAGCAAACGACUGGAACGGGCAACAGUGUGCUGAUUGGGAGGGCUGAAGUGGACCUUUCGCCUUUGCUUCUGAACCGCAACGUCGGAGGCAGCACUCCCCAGAGGUGGUUGAGUGGGACAUACCCGUUGGUGAACCCUUCUGCUAAGCACUUGGGGAAUGCAAGGUUGCGGAUUCGCAUAUUGUUGGAUCUUCACAAGUCUACAAGCAGUCGACUCAACAGUGUGCGGUCGCCAGUCGAUGGUUGUGCCUGGAAGCCACGAAGAAUGGCUGGCAAGAGAUCGGGCUCAGUCAGCCCAGAGCCAACAAUGGCUGGCAAGAGGUCGGGCUCUGUCAGCCCUGAUCCACGAAUGGCUGGCAGGUCCUCAGUCUCACCAAGCCCAGAGCCAUCCCCUGAUGCUGUGCACCGUUCUCCUGCACGCCACUUGGCUGCAAAGAUCACAGGUGCUGUCAUCCCUGAACCAUGCCCACAUGGUGCGAGCCUUUCUCCUUAUUCCCAUAGCUGGGAUGGGAAGAUAAAUGCCUCACCAAGUACCGAAUCAUCCCUGGACGACGCUAGAGUCUCUCCACGCAGCAAUUUGGGACGCCGGCGAUCUCGCAAUGGCAUCGAUGCCCUUGGCAGGGGCCUGGCCUCAACGCCCAGCGAAAAACGUGUCCUUGCCCUCAACUGGAGAUCCCAACAAGAACGUGGACAGGAGCAUGGACAGGACUCCAGAGAAUCUAUGGAGCAAUGCGCCCUGCCAUCUAGUGAUGGGAAGGAGAGCCGUAUCAGCGAUCCUGUCAGCAAACAGAACCUGAACAGCAAGUCAUUUGCCGCCAGGGUUGCGGCACUCAGAGGCCAGAAGGUUCCUCAGGAUGGUGGCACAGCCAGCCUGCCGCUCUCUGGCAAAACUUUGGGUAAGAGCCGGAGCCUGGGAGCGACAGGCGAUCUGGACAGUGCACAGGGUGGGAGUGUGCAGGAGAUGGGCAAAGUUCCUUUGAAGCCAAAGCCCCUGAAACAUGGCACCAAAGGAGGUGGAAUUGGUGAACACAUCGCGAGUGCAGACAUGGUGAACGGCAAGAAUGUGAGGGAGGUGCUUCAACAACUGAGAGAGCCUACCAAAGACCCAGUAGCCAUCCCCAAGAAGAAGAGCGUGGGUGGAAGUACAACUGGUCAGCUCUCUAAGAAGCCUGCAGGAGAGCCGCUGCGCACCUGCUCUGACGAUGAGAACUUCAUUGUUAUUGGUGGUGUGUCAGCUUCAGACUCCGAUUCUUCGCUGGACAUACCCGUCGGUGUGUUCACAGGUGCUGAAAGUGACAGCGAGGACAAGCAGCUCGGUGAAGGCAAAAAGCUACAGGCAGGCUCACUCGUGUUACCGUCUGUCCAGCCCUUUGAGUAUGACGAGGACUGGAUGUUCAGUAUAUCAGCCUCUGGGUCAUCUUUACCAGCUUACAUGCCUCUCCAUGACAAUGAAAAUUCACCUGAAGCAGAUACAUGCAUUUCAUCAUCUGGCAAUGCUGCAUCCACCACACCUGAAGCAACUGAAUCGCUGCCAACACCUCCAGUGCCAUCACGGCAGCCAUCAGCGCAGUCAUUGCUCCGAGCCGCAGCCUCCAGAGUGGCACCAGCUUCGCUACGCUCUGGGCAGAUCUUCCCCCGAUGGCCAAGUUCGAACAGUGGGGUGGGUCCGGAUGAAAAGGUAGGCUUGGGUGCAUCGCUACGGGAUUCUGACGAUGUGCCAUGGGUUGAGCACAGCGGCAAUUCUGGGAGCUCAGGUGGGGGUUUGGAGGCAACUGUGUCAGCCUGGAGGAGCUUGGAGCCGGUCUGUGGAAGCCCUGGCAGUCUGAGCUCGGGAAGCAGCUUGAGGAGUGACACAGACGGUGGUGCCAAUGGUAGGGACAGUGAAAAGAGGCAGUGUAACAACGUUGGAAGUAGGGCGACUCAAGGAACAACCAACUUGGCCAAGUCUAAGGUGAUCGAAGGUUGUGCGGGAAGUGAGGAUGCAUAUGAUGUGGGCAGUACUGGCCAAGCCAAGAGACUGGCUGGGGAAGGAGCCACCAGGAAUCAGCUGGAAAGUGGAGGCAUUCAGCCAGAGCAGGAGAGCAAGAUGGGAAACCAGACAGGAGAUUCUGGGGCAGCGAGUGGGCAAGGGAAAGAUACUGAGUCCGAUGCAUUUGCGAAUGGCUUCCUCCAGCGAUCAAGAAUAAGUUCUGACGAACCAGCGAAUAUGCCAGUCAAGGGGAAGCAUGUCCUUGACAAGUCGGUGGAUUCCAGCGAACAGGCUGGGAAACAGUCAGCAGAAUCGAGUUUGAGUGCCAAAGCUGUGGCGGUUGAGGCCACGGGCAGCACUUCAAUGGAAUUGGAGGGCAAGAACGACGUGUGGGUGGACGAUGAGAUUGGUGUGCGCAUUGAGCGAGUUGCGCACCAGCCUACAGCGGAUGGGAAGUGUGGCGCUGGGGCAAAGGUGAACUUUGUCAACAAGCUGCCACCCCCACCAGAUGACACCCCAAUUGAGUAUGCAGCUGGUGGUGGGCGGCCCAGUACCUACUCAGCCAAUGGUACAUCCCUGACGCCAUCGCAGGCCGCUUCGUCCCCUGACGGGCCGAGCACGACGAAGCCCUUUGCUCAAAAGCAUGAGCGUGCAAGCAGAAGCAAGCCUCCCCUCCCCACCCACAGUGCCCUCAGCUCACACGCGAAAAACGGGGAGUCGUUGAAUUCGAUGGACUCCGAUGCAUCCCUGUUCAGCACCACACUGGGCUCUGGAGCAAGUAGUGUAGCACCAGCUGCCUCUCCACCAGGAGAACAGCUGUGGAGCAGCAGGGCAUCAGAUGCCGCUUCAGAGGCUGCCUCAGAGGCGUCAGCUGCCCUAGUUGCCGUGUCUGUCCCAUUGCUUGGACUCAAUUUCUAUCAGUCACCCAACCCGCCAGGCGUGCUCGAGCCCAUCGUGCCCCUGCCCACGCCCGUGAGCAUUGGGCUCCUGGCGAACUCGCCACUACAGGCCUUGUCCACUGGGUCCCUGGGGCUGCCAUCUCCCACUUUGGACAGCUCCAGCCAGAUGUCACAGCCCCUGGCAAGCACGCAGGCCAUGCCUGGCAUAGGACUUUCCCAGAUAUCAGGUUCGCUGGGUAGCGACCUCAGUGGUGGUCUGCCCAAGCUGGCCAGUCAGUCAUCUGCUGCUGCAUCGAUUCUCCAGCAUCUGCGGGUUACCAGCACGGUGCAGAGAUUGAACUCUUCGGAGAUUGCGCCUGUCGCGGGCUGCCUUUGCAACAAGACAGAUGCACACCCCAUGUCCGGCACUGGGUCUGUUCGCCAACAAGGGCCGCUGGGAGUCCAGCUCGGGGCCAUGCCACAGCACCAGGGGUCCUUGAUGGGCGCUGUGCCAGGCGCCCUGCUGGGCACUUUGUCAGGCGGCGCCCCCUUUCAGGGAGGAGAUCGGGUGAAUGGCGAGGCUGGUUCCAAUGGUUUGCAGGGCACUGCUUAUGGCCAGCAGGGGGGCCUGGCAUUCUCCAGGCUGAAUGCACAGCUUGACCUCGGGUCCGGGGCCCCCAGUUUGGGUGCCGCACUUGGGACUGGGCUGCCCAGCAGUGGCCCAGCAUGCUGCGUGUCGUCAGCCCUGCCAGGAGCCGCGCACAGCACCAAGGUGGGCAACAUGGAUGGUCAAGAGUUUCAGUUUCCCACUGCUGCUGCCAUACACUGCUCCCAGCCGCCAGUGCAAGGCUGGUCGUCGCGAUUCUCCCUGCCGCCCUCCCCUCUGACGAACAGGCAUGUGCCGUCGAGGGACGCCGAGAGCAGCCAGCAGUCCGCUUUGGGGUCUUGGUGGACGGGGCAGACUGGCCAGGGCACACGGAGGGGCAGCUGUGGAACACCGCGCCAGCCCGGGUGGUGGAGGUCGCUGAUGUCGGAGAAGGAGGAGGAGGCGAGUGUGCUGGCGGGGCUGUUCAGAGGCAAGACGUUGGACGGUAGUGACCUGUUUCAGUCAGGCGGGCAGUCGCAGGGGGAUGGCAAAGCGUCAGAGACCACAGAGCAGGCUGCGGCAGCUGGUGGGAGCACUCCACCGCCAAGCCGGACUGCUCAGACUGGGGGGAGGCUUGGGACGAAAGCGGCUGGGGUGGCAGAACGCCCCCGUUCCCGCAAGGCUCAGACGAGCGACGAUGCUGAGGCCAGCACAGAUUGCCCGCCUGAAGCGCUGGCAAUAGCCAGUGCUGGCACGUCCGCUGUGCAGGUUGGGAUGGUGCCCACCGCGGUACGCACGCCUGAGACCGGCCAUGCGGCGGGGGGGGGCAUAUUCGUGGAUGCAGACGAUAGGGGUGCCGGCAGGGGGCGGGAGGGUCCGACCGGAGCUGGCGCUGGCAGACGGAAAUACGCUGAUGAAGAAACAGCACGGAUAGCGAAGAUCAUGUCUUCGAAGUUCGGAGGCUCGUAG